CUGGCUUCACUUCCGGUGGAGACGUGGCUCUGCUGCUGCCAUAUUGACGCUAGCGCUAACGGAGAACUCUGAUACCGAACCCUGCAGGACCGACACCCACGACCGCUGACCGGCCCCGAGACACGACCAUGGUGCUGUUGGCAGCGGCGGUGUGCACCAAGGCCGGGAAGGCCAUCGUAUCGCGGCAGUUCGUGGAGAUGACCCGGACCCGGAUCGAGGGGCUGCUGGCGGCGUUCCCCAAGCUGAUGAACACGGGGAAGCAGCACACCUUCGUGGAGACGGACAGCGUCCGCUACGUGUACCAGCCGCUGGAGAAGCUCUACAUGGUCCUCAUCACCACCAAGAACAGCAACAUCCUGGAGGACCUGGAGACGCUGCGACUCUUCUCCAGGGUGAUCCCGGAGUACUGCCGCGUCCUGGAGGAGAGCGAGAUCUCGGAGCACUGCUUCGACCUGAUCUUCGCCUUCGACGAGAUCGUGGCGCUGGGCUACAGGGAGAACGUCAACCUGGCUCAGAUCCGGACCUUCACAGAGAUGGACUCCCACGAGGAGAAGGUGUUCCGGGCCGUCAGAGAGACCCAGGAGCGUGAGGCCAAGGCCGAGAUGAGGAGGAAGGCCAAGGAGCUGCAGCAGGCCCGCCGGGACGCCGAGCGCUCCGGGAAGAAGAUGCCGCCCUUCGGAGGCUUCGGCAGCGGCAUGUCCUCGGGCUCCAUCAUCACAGACACCAUCGUGGAGCCGGAGAAGCCCAAGAUCACCGCCGCUCCCGUCCGGCCCAGCGGGCCCAGCAAGGCUCUGAAGCUGAGCGCUAAAGGGAAGGAGGUGGACAACUUCGUGGACCAGCUCAAGUCCGAGGGGGAGACCAUCAUGGCCAGCACGGGGAAGCGCGGCACAGACGUGUCCAAGGCGCUGCCGCCGCCCGUCAACGUGGAGAGCGUGCACCUGCGGGUGGAGGAGAAGAUCACGCUGAGCUGUGGCCGGGACAGAGGCCUGCAGAACAUGGAGGUGCUGGGGAUGGUGACGCUGCGGGUGUCGGACGAGAAGGUGGGACGCAUCCGCCUGGUCAUCAUCAACAACGACAACAAAGGCCUGCAGCUGCAGACGCAUCCCAACGUGGACAAGAAGAUGUUCACAGCCGACUCUGUGAUCGGCCUGAAGAACCCGGAGAAGUCCUUCCCCCUCAACAACGACGUGGGCGUGCUGAAGUGGAGGCUGCAGACCACGGACGAGUCGCUCAUCCCCCUGACCAUAAACUGCUGGCCGUCGGAGAGCAGCGGCGGCUGCGACGUCAACAUCGAGUACGAGCUGCAGGAGGAGAGCCUGGAGCUCAACGACGUGGCCAUCAGCAUCCCAGUGCCCUCCGGCGUGGGGGCCCCCGUCAUCGGAGACCUGGACGGGGAGUACAAAUACGACAGCCGGCGGAACGUGCUGGAGUGGUGCCUACCCGUCAUCGAUGCCAACAACAAGACCGGCAGCCUAGAGUUCAGCAUCGCCGGCCAGCCCAACGACUUCUUCCCCAUCAGCGUGUCCUUCGUCUCCAAACGCAACUACUGUGACAUCCAGGUUACCAAAGUGACUGACGUGGAUGGGGACAGCUCCGUCAGAUUCUCUUCAGAAACCUCCUUUGUUGUCGACAAAUACAUCAUCGAGUAAACUCCUGGAAGAAAUCGACAAAAGUAAAAAAAAAAGAAUUAAAAAAAAUCAACAAAAAAAAGUCCAAAUCUAUUCUACAGAGAGAGGUUUUUCCCGCCGCCCCCGUUUCCCAGCAGGACUAUGUCGGCCUCGGAGCCGCCGUAGGGCGGCGGCGUAUUUAUGUUCCUACGAGCAUCAUCUGUACAGAGUUCACACCACCAACGCCGAUGCUGAGUCAGGGGGAAUAAAGACCCCGGGUUUGAGUAGAGGAUGACUGGGGGAACCAGGACGUAGACGGGACCAGGACCACAACGUAGACAGGACCUAAGUGAGGGUUGCUAGUUCAAACUCACCCCACCCCGGCGUCUCAGAGCUCGUCGGGUCUGUUUGGGGUUCCAGGUCUCUGCAGACGCCGCCACCGCUGGAUUAACUGUAUUUUCUGGCUCAUUUCUUUGUUUACGACUAAUUUGCAUGUCUGAAUUUGAAGAUCUGAACCGUUUCUGAGCUUCGGGCCGGGACUUAUCCUCCAGCAAAGUCCCGCUGCGUCCGUCGAGUGUUCCCCCAAAUGGUAUAUUUAUUUUUCGGAGCACCGUUAGAACCACUCCUGCCUUAUCAGAACAGGGAACGCCGUGUUCUUCUUCACCCGGUCCGUGUACGUCCUGGGACGCGGCAGGUUUGAAGAGACGGGCUGUUUAAGCCCGGUCAGCAGCCGGCCGGUCCAGCCCGGUCAUCCUCUACUCACACCCUGCAGUUCAGCAUCAUCACAUCGCAGCGUUGGGGCUUUUUUGUUUUUGUUUGUUUGUACUCCCUCGGUUUGACUUUUGCAGCAGUUGUGUGAAUGUGGGGUUGAAAAUGACGAGAUUGAGCAUUUUUAACUAAAUUGCUGAAGGGGAAUCUUAACAUUCCAGUGUAAAAUUAGAAAAAAAAUACUUUAAUGGAAUAAAAAUGUAUUAUUGAAAAUGGAA